AGCACCAGGAUGUUGGGAUCUCUGCUCCUCCUGUGCUCCUCCUUCAGCCUACUGCCUCUCUCCUCCUCUCUCGUUCAGGGAAAUGAAAGUCCUUUUGGCAGCCUGGGGACCGACUCCGCCUACCUGUCUGACAUCGAGAGAAGCCACACUCCCGACAAUGUGCGUGACCCCGCCCUCCUACCUGUGGACUCGGCAGAGGAGCACUUCCUGAUGGAUGCCGAGCCGUAUGAUGAGGACUUGUUGGCUGCCCUGCAGCUGCAUGGGCGGGGCAUGCGCUCACCUCGCCGCUGCAUCCCCCACAAGCAGUCCUGUUUGGGUUACCCGCUGCCCUGCUGCGACCCCUGCGACACCUGCUACUGCCGCUUCUUCAACGCCAUCUGCUACUGCAGGCGAGUUGGCCACACCUGUCUGCCAAGACGCACCUGA